AUGGUCGCCACACUCAUCCUCGAUAGUCCUGAGGAGCUCAUAGUGCACAUCCUUGUUCGCGCAGAACCAGUUGCUGUCAUCACUUUUGCCGAGACCUGCCGCGAGGCCCGCGCCUUCGUCUAUGGGCAACACAACGAGCACUUCUGGCGUCGUCUCUUCCUCAAUUCAUUUGACGAUCCUCGAUACUUGUCCUCAUCGAAUACUCUCUGUGCUUCUGAGUCUGCCCCACACACUAUUGAUUGGAAGCAUGUCCUCCACAAGCGCGUCUAUGCUAUGCGUAUGAUUCAAGAAAUGACUAGUCUCAAAACUACGCUUUCUACCCUCAUUUCCGUUGCAAGGAAUGCAACACCGAUGUCGUACCGACUCGAUGAAUUAAAUGAUCUCGCUUGGAUUAAAUACCUUGCUGAUGGACACAGCGCACCCGGCUUAGAUCCUUCCAUCGAUCGUGAAUUGACCGUCGAAGAGGAGCAACACAUAGCCAAACUAUGGAGUUUUGUAGGAUGGCGUGACAGCUUGCUCACCAAAGGCUCCAAAGGCUUGUUGCAAGUUCGAAACCAUGCACGGGCGUUCGUCUACGACUUUCGCAACUAUAUAUGCGAGAACCACUGGGGACCAUUCAUGGCUGACAGGAGUGGGCGUGUGAACUGGAAGCACAUGAAAGCCAUUAUAGUCGUCAUGUACAGCAAUCUCGUGGACCUUGGCGAGCUCUGGCUUGACACACGCCCUUCAGCGCGUCUAGAUGCUAUACGAACCUACUCCGCACCCAUCACCCGCACCGGCGAUCGUCGGGAUUGGGCGGGCGUCGAAGGGACUUGGCGUCGAUAUGUAUGCUUCAUGGACCAUCGCGAUCUGUUCACUUUCAAUUAUACGGCAGUAGCACAUAACCCGUCAUUUUUUGAAGGUGAUGGAUUCCGAGAAGCGACGCGUCUUACCGAACUCAAUCUAAGAAUAACGAGUUUCGAUGACGAAAAGAAAGAUGAUUACACCAACUUUCCCAGCUCAUCAUCAACUACGUCCGCUGCAAAUUAUUUUCCAGUAAUCCACUUUGUCGGCGAGUCGCGUGGUGAGAACGUUGAAGAAUCACGAGUGCGCGGAAGUGUGCGCAUGACACCCGACGGACACAUCCGCUGGCGAUUGAUAUUUGCGUCAAUACACGAUAGUUACUCACACUGGAGUUCCGAGGGAAUUCAAAUCGGCGAUGUAUGCAGUGCCGCUGGUGUCGUGGGUACUUGGACGGGAGCGCAUCAUGAAGGAGGUGACCCUGUUGGUCCGUUCUGGAUGUGGAAGGUCAACGAUGACCACCCGAGCCGUCCGACUAGAGAUGAUUAGUGACUUUCGUGUGACUGUUGGCACCCUGGAGAGGUUUUUCAAAUCUUCAUCGGAUUCCUCGCUGAUGACAACGAUUGAUUGAAUGGCAUGUUCCUUUUUCUCCUUCGGAUUUUCUUGUUCCUCCUUUUCUCGUACGUUUUGGACACAUAUGCAACUUUAGCACAUGGUGUGCUCUGUGCGGAUUUGACUAAAGCCUGUUAGUGAUUGGAAAGCUAUCUAUCUCUUUGUCAUGGACUGCUCUGCUGUAUUCUGAAACAGACUAUAAU